AUUUCCUUUUACUAUAUGCGAGAGGUGGCGUAGUAUAUAUUUAGCAAAAAAAAAGAAAAAAGAAAAAGGUUUGUUUUGUUAAAUACUAUUUUAUUGAGGAUAAAAGAGCAAAAAAACACAGCAAAAGAGACGAAGCAGAGGAGGAGGAGGAGGAGGAGGCAAAGAGAGAGAGAGAGAGAGAGAGAGAGAUAAGGGUUUGGAGCGAGAGGGAACAUGCUCCCCUUCAUAGGUGUCAAGUAAAAGCACAAAUUUCUGAAGAAGCUCAACAGUUUGGAGCAGUGAGAUGCCUAUUAAUAAUGUAAAGGCUUUUGAUAUGCAAAACAUUACUGGCAAAGCUACGGAGGGCAGUUCAGUCCAUUCAGCAUCUAUUAAUGUUUUACAGAACUGUCAAUCUUGGUGGAAUUCUUCUAGCAUGUUCCACUUUCAGCAACCAUCGUAUCCCAAGACGUUGUGCGUGAACAAGGAAUUCGUGGCAGAACAUGGUAAUCAGAUAAAGCAAGUUGGUCAUCAGAUGCCCGACCAAGACUCAUCGUCAACUCAGUCAACUAGUCAGUCCAAUCAAGAAGUUUCCGGAAGAAGCGAAGGUAGCAGCCUAAAUGAGCAGCAGCAUACUUCAACACAAUCUGGUAUAAGUUAUUCACACGGUAAUGCUGAUAGCUAUGGAAAGCGGGAUGACGGUCAGAUGAAGUCAGUGUUAUCUUUGGGAAAUCCGGAAGCUGCCUUUCCACCUCAGAAACUUGAUUAUUCCCAGUCUUUCGCUUGUGUUCCAUACCCUUAUGCUGAUCCAUGCUAUGGUAACGUACUGACUGCUUAUGGGGCACAUGCCAUUAUUCAUCCUCAAAUGGUGGGUAUGGCACCUUCCACCCGGGUCCCUCUGCCUCUUGAACCUGCCUCCGAAGAACCAAUUUAUGUGAACGCAAAGCAAUAUCAUGCAAUCCUACGAAGGAGACAGCUACGAGCAAAGUUAGAGGCUGAAAAUAAACUUGUCAAAAAUCGGAAGCCUUACCUUCACGAGUCUCGACAUCUCCACGCGAUGAAGAGAGCUAGAGGAUCCGGAGGGCGCUUCCUUAACACAAAACAGCUUCAACAACAGCAGCAGCAGCCGCAGUCGGAUAACACAAAGCUAUUGGGUUUGAACUUCCUCUCCGAAAACGGCCCGACCGGCUCAUCUGCGACUCCGACCAGCUCCGAUAGCACAAGCAUGUCCAACAGUGGCGGCGUAUACAUGCAACAGGACAAUCUCGGCUUCGCAGCAAGCAAUCUCCACUCUCAUGCAAGGAGGGGUAUUCAAGACGGAAGCAACAAAAUUGCCAACGGCGGCUCGCAUGUUAGGGUUCCGAUCAUGAGGUGACAUGGAAAACUCGGGGAAUGUUGUUUCCUUGGCAAUUCAUCCUUGGCUCUUAUGGUGUUCGGUUACUGCUAUUUCUGUUUUAUGUGGAUAUGUAAAACUCAUUAGUAGGUUGAUCCAAAACUAAUAGUUGCAAGUGUUAUUAGUGGGAGUGCUUGACAUCUCUUAUUUUGGACAUAUUUGUGUUGCGAGAGAAAUGCAUGCUAAGUGUAUCUUUUCUCUCUCUUUCCUGGGAUGUUAACAGAACAGAUCUUUCGCAGCUUCUAGUAUUGUAGAUUGUUUAUGUUGUUGGA